GGAGGUGGGCAUGACAUACUGUCGGGAAAGGGUGGAUGGCCGAGACUCGCCCCAAUCGAGACAUUCGUCCAGAGGAUCUGCUUCAUAUAAUUGGCUGAACUGGUCUCCUUCUGACUCUAGGUGACUUUUACUCAUUGUUUCAUUUCUAGCUGCUGGUGAAUUCAGUAAGAGGAGUGUUUGAGGGGCGUCAGACAGUUUGGCCCCAGUUCUGACCUGAGGCACUGACAGACAGCGGCAGAGGCUGUGGAGUGUGAGCGACCUGAAGGAGGAGGAGGAGGAGGAGGAAGAGGAGGAGGCUAAAGCUGAGGAGACAACAUGUGCGUUCGCAUGUCACUUCAACUCUGACGGAUUUACUGAGACAGACAGACAGACAGACGAGCCACGCUGGAUAUCCUGAUGUAUCCACGCUUUGAUAUCACUCCAAUCUCCGCCGGUCUGGGAUGUCCUCAAUGCUUUAAAGGAUUUUGACUCACAUCCUCAAAAUACACACAGUCAGACAGACAGACGGACGAAGAAGCUCAUUAAGAGCAUCCACUGGAGACUCAUUCGAAACCUAGACUCAGGAUGUGCCGCCAGAAAAAUAGCGACAGCACAAGGUCCGCGCUGCAGAGGCAGUCUGCCGUUCACGCUCACUAGGUCUGUGUCACAGCUCCAUCUGCAAAGACCCUGUCCAUCCAAAACCUGGUUCAUGGAUUAGAGUCCGGCUCAAUGUAAAGAUACUGAGAGACACUGGGUUGCUGUAUGGAAACCGCCCCUACGUUUGAAAGGCUCUGUUAGUCUCACAGCAGGGGGUUAUUCAGAUUUAAGACCUAGAGAACGGAAACACACGCUGGACAGCAGCUCAGCGUCCGCCCGAAGCUUCACCAACAUGAUGGAGAAGCUGAGCCCCAGCGAGCCGCCUGCCUCGUCCCCAGACCUACCCCGCCCCUCCUCCACCCCCUCUCCGGCCAGCGUAGGGCGGCGCAGCCCCGCCCACAACCACGCGCUAGCGUCGCCGCGGGGCGCUAACCGGCCGGAGCACGGAGACGCCCGCGCCCCCGGCUCAAGGCAGUCGGCCAUCACGCCAGCCGCCGCGGUGACCAUCCACCACACGGACGCUGAGCAGGAGGACAAGCCGGGAGGAUCGCCAGCCACCACCCCCUCCUCUCCCGCCGCGGCCGCCGUCAGCAGGUCCCCGACGCUCUCGUCUCCGCCCCCGCUGCUCCCAGCGCCGGCCAAGACCUCCCCGUGUCCUCUCCCACCCCCAGCGUCGGCGCCGUUCGUCCCCUCGUCCUCCACGCCUUCCCCACUCCCUCCACACGUUCCGGUCAUCAGCCUCGGACACAGCAAACCCCCCCUGCCUCUCCCCGGCACCCCCUUGACCGCCCUCCAUCCCAUCCCCAACCUCCUCCACCGGCCCCACGGGAGCCUGUGCCGCAGCCAGCUCACCUGCUUGUCCGUGGCCAGUCCCGGAGGCCCCGCGGGGCCCGGAGGCCCCGUCGUCCCCGCGGUUCCCUCGUCGGGCUCCCUGUUACACCAGCAGUACCUGCCAGCGCACUCUUUCUUCAGCAGCUCCUACCUGGGUCCUGUAGGAGGAAACUAUGGCGUCCUCAACAACAGCCGCAUCAAGAGGCGACCCUCGUCACACUUUGAGAUGGAGAGCAAUGACUGUCCUCCUCAGAAACUCGCCCGCCGCGUCUUCACCAACAGCCGCGAGCGCUGGCGGCAGCAGAACGUCAACGGGGCCUUCUCCGAGCUGAGAAAGCUCAUCCCCACGCACCCGCCGGACAAGAAGCUCAGCAAGAACGAAAUCCUGCGCCUGGCGGUCAAGUACAUCAACUUCCUGGUCACUCUGCUCAACGACCAGGCGCAGGACAGGGGCAGCGACUCGGCGGACGACGAGGCCGAGGACGAGGGCGCCGCGGCCGGGCCGGACGCCGGCCCGCAGAACCCCCUGUUCCGGGCCCGCGGCGCCGCGCCGCCCGCGGCCCGGUCGGCCUCGGCGGGCGCCCGCGCCGACAGGGACUCCACGGACUCGGCCGCGGCCCUGGCUCACUCCCCGGCGACGUCCAGUUGCUAUGGUGACACGGACAGCGAGGAAAGCUUCGGGGCAAAGACGUCUGUAGUGACCCAUGGCAUUCUGGGAAAGGUCAAGGGUCAGAUAAGAAUGAUGGCAGCUACGAAUGAUGAGCGGUGACUCUGAACGCUGGCAAAGACAGAGGCGUGCGGCCGCUGGGAGUUGGACCCAGGACUCGAGCGUCAACUCCUAAUAAGACGGCCAUUUGUGCUGGUAGUUUGUCGUUUUGGGCGGCUCGUGACUCUUUUCCUGUGCUGUGCAAACGGCGAGUGCGAAGUUCUGCGUUUUUCAGCGAAAUGCGACGCUGGAAGGCGCGAAACGCGGUGUGGUCAGACGCGCUGCAGAGCCCGAGGUUCCACCCUGACAUUGUGACACACUUGUAGCAGACAGAAAUAAAGCGGCUUUGACUUUGCUGUUCCUUA